CUCGGGGCCAGUUCGCAAUGGUGCCGCGCGUCUCGAGUAGCCAGUCCUCGACACCGUCUCGAAGACGAAACGGCCAGAGUGAAACUCUACGGAGCAACGAUACCGCGUUUCUUGAUACCAAAAUGGCUUCUCUCAAAUCGGCGGUGAAAUUUUUCACGAGAUUUUAGUGCCUCUGAUAACGGAAAACGGAUAUUGACGAGUAAACGAGUGUCGUUGGUGUCUGUGAAUCAGUGCACCGUUCCAAGUUUCUUAUUCUUCUUCGUUUCAGCUGUUUACUUAUUCACUUGUCGUUGUCAACGAAGAGGAAACGCUGAUACAGGGAACGAUUUAUCGUUCAGGUAAUAAACACGUUACACCGAGGAGCCCCGGAAAAACCAGGCUCUAUGCAGGCGGUGAGGGAACGGAUUUUCGAUACCGAGGAAGAAGAAGAAGCAGCGCGUUGCAGUCGUUGAUUGGAAGAAAGAUAGAAUCGAAUAGUUGGAAAAGGAUGCUGAGUCCAAACCGAGCCCGGACGACGAGGACUCUCCUCUUCGUCCUCGUCCUGGGUGUGGCGUUGUUUAAAUCGGCGAAGGGACACGUCGCCCUGACUUUUCCCCACGCGAGGAAGUACGACCUCGACUUCCUGGACAACGCGAGGACGCCGGGACCCUGCGGAAUGCCGAGAGGUGACAUCAGAACCUCGUUUCUCAGCGGCAGCAGCUUCAACGUCACCUGGCAUCUCGCCUAUCCGCACAGGGGUGGCUUCAGGCUGCAGAUUUUAGACGCCCUCGACAGACCGCUCGUCGAUCUCACCCCGGUCACCCAGGUCAGCGAAUUCGUCGAGGACGAUGCCACGGCGCAAUCAUUCCCGGUAAGCUUGCCUCAGAACUUCACGUGCAAGGACUGCACCAUCAGGCUUCUGCGAGAGGCCGAAGAAUGGGGAUCAACGUACAGGUUUUGGUCCUGCGCCGACAUCGACAUUCUGGAGAAGAAAGAGUACAGAGAAGACUGCAGUAAGCACGGUAAAUACCUCGUGGGAAGGUGCAGAUGCGACAGAUUCUACCGCGGAUCUAGGUGCGAGAUCAAGGAGGAGUGCCUCGACGACGUGGACUGCGGAUCGCAAGGGGUCUGCGUCGACAACAAGGGAACGACAUCCCCGACCAAACACUGCUAUUGCAACAUCGGAUGGUUCGGUCCCGGAUGCAACAAGAAAUCGCCGAUCAAGAGCACGGAGAUAAACUUCGACGCGUACACCAUGAAGAACUUCUCCGACAGCUUCAAGCUCUACUGGCGGAUUCUCAAGGACAUUAACGAGCUCGAGGCUGUGAUGGUGGUCAACGGCACCUCUUGGGUUGGACUCGGAUGGCGACCGAAGGACCUGACUCCGGCUUGCAAGGCUUUUCCCGAACUUUCAGACCCGCCCGGUGAACCGCUACCGAAACCGGAACCAAAAUCAGAACCAGAACCGGCACCCGAAGGCGUUCCAGAGCCGACAAGUGGCUCUGCCAAAGCCGAGCCUGAGCCGCACGCAGAGUCGAAGGCCGAGCCGGUUUCCGAACCGAAAUCGGUUCCCGUCUCGGGUCCUGAACCAUCCCCCGAACCCGGUGCUGAACCAACUCCAGAACCGGAAGCCGAGCCCUCAAAGUCCGGGGCGAAACGGAGAUCACCAAAGGCUUACGGGGCCGCACCGCCUGAUUCCGAUGUCACAGUUCGCACUAGCGUCACUUACCAAGUGAGCAGCAAGCAAGGACGGAAGAGGCGAGCUAUCGGAGCUGCGGAGACGGAACCAACGACUGGGGAGCCCAGCGGCGCGCCUACUUACACCACUGCUGAACCUCAACCAAAAACAUCCACUCCUGAACCAACCUCCAUCACGGAAUCAUACCGUCCCGAACCCAUUUCAUCAACCCACGAAUCAUCCACUGUAUUCACAACCGUAAACGAAUCUCGCUCUGGAACCAAUCGUGAACCAAAAUCCGAACCCGUCUCUGAACCAGUUUCCGAACCCACGUCCGAACCGAAAUCCGAGCCUACUUCUGAACCCACAUCUGAACCAAAGUCUGAACCUACUGCUGAACCAAAAUCCGAACCCGCCUCUGAACCCACAUCGGAACCGGUUUCGGAACCGAAAUCCGAACCCGUAUCUGAACCCACAUCGGAACCGGUUUCGGAACCAAAAUCCGAACCCGUUUCUGAACCCACAUCGGAGCCGGUUUCGGAACCAAAAUCCGAACCCGUUUCUGAACCCACAUCGGAACCGAUUUCGGAACCUUUUGCGGAACCCAAAUCCGAACCUGUCUCUGAACCAGUUUCCGAACCUAGUGCUGAACCCAAAUCCGAACCUAAUGCGGAACCGAAAUCAGAGCCGAUCUCGGAACCCACGACAGAACCUAAAUCAGAACCGGUUUCUGAGCCGGGCGCUGAACCAAAAUCCGAACCUAAUCCCGAACCCGUAACCGAACCGCAUCCUGAGCCAAAAUUGGAGCCUAAUUUCAACGUAGAAGCUCUGGGACCAACGGAGAAGUCGGGAGCGACAAAAGCUCCAACACCAUCGGCGGUUCAUAAAUACACUCCUAAGCACGAUUUCAAUCCAAUGGACUGUACGGACAUCGUGAUCGGCAGCGCGGUCGGCAUGACGCACCGAAUCGGAGAUUAUUACACGAGAGAUCGAUCUACGCCGCGUCCGGACGCGUUCUGGGGUGGUCAGGACGGCCUCACGGCUGCAAUGGGCUUCGAGAAGGAUGGCGUGACGACAAUAGUCUUCAGGAAGAAACUCAACGACACCGGACUCGCGGACCACGAGAUAGUCGACUCUGCGAUGCACGUGAUCUGGGCCAAGGGUCAGGAGCCAGGAAGCUACGUCCACGACCCGCCGAGCGGUGUGGAAAAGAGCAAAGUGUCCGUGAAGAACUUCUACAAGCCGGACGAGCUCAAGUACCACGGUCACAGCUCGCAGCGAGGCUUCACAAGCAUAAACUUCCUCGACGAGCACAAGACCGAGUCCGGUGGUCACGCACCACUCGAAGGUGGAGGCUGCGGCGGAGAAUGGCGGUAUCCGAGACAUUGUUCCUUGAAGAACGGUACGUGCGAGUACGCCGCACGAUGGGUCUACAAGGCCAAAAAGGACUUGCUGGCUUUCACCAUCGUAACUUCUCACACUGACAAAUGGACGGGCAUAGGAUUGUCCAACGACGAAAAAAUGUCGCAAACCGACGCGAUAAUAGGAUGGGUCAACAAGCUGACUGGUCAGCCGUUCGUCAUGGACACUUGGAUCAGCGGGUACAAUUCCCCGCUUUUGGACGAGUCGCAGGACAUUCUUGAACGGUCCGGAAAAAUCGAGGACGGAUUCACGACCCUCAAUUUCACUAGAAAACGGGCGACGAGAGACUCCAAGGAUAUUUCAAUCACGGACGAGCACUGCGUCUACAUGAUGUUUCCGAUCAAGGGAGGCCUCUUCAACGCCGUUAACAAAAAGCUCAAGAAACACGAGACGGUACCGAUGAUAUCGAGCGAUAGGAUAUGCAUCAGGUCCUGCGGCGACGAGUUCGAUGAGGACGCGCCAGCCACUCCCGGUCCUCCCAGGCUCGUCUACGACUUUGAGGUAAAACUUUUGGACCUAGGGGACGGGUUCCAGGCGCCGGAUCCCAACACUCCAGAGUUCGAAACGAUAUCAAACACGAUUGCAGACAGCUUUAAACCGGCUCUGAGCAAGGUUCCCGGCUUCUAUGAGGUCAAAUUGAACCAACUCGAGAGAUCCGACGGAGAAUCGAUCCUUGCCAAGAUGAACCUAAUCCUCGACAAAAAUGAGGAAAAGGGUCGGGCCUUGAGGCCCGAAGACACGGAAGCGAUGGCCAGAGGGGCCCUGAACGAGACACUGGUCACUGGGCGCGUCGGAACCCUUCGGGUAGACCCACAAUAUCUGGUCUUCAAAGCGCCACAAAUCACGGACAUUUCCGACGAGGACGAGGCCUCUUCGCCUAGUACAACGGGACUUCUACUCGGUUCCACAAAACUGUACGUUAUCGUUGGUUGCGUAGCUGCCCUUGUAGCACUGGCGCUUCUCCAGGCAACUUGCACCCUUUAUCGUUCGAGGAAACGAACGUCAAAGGAUCAGCUGAUAACCACGAACAACGCGUGGAAGGAUUACAACUCUGGGGCAAAUACGAAUUUCGCUUUCGAGGCGUUCGAGACGGAGGAGAAAGCUCCUCCGCCCGUAUCCAGCCUCCCGAGGCCCCGGGAAACGGCCAUGGAACCCGACGGCGUCAGGCCCACCCAGCAGAUAGCCGGGCCCCGCGCAACGUACAGCCUUCCGAGGGCCCCAGGGCCCCGACAACCCCCGCCCCCGCAGCCGGGCUACUACACCCAGGACCGUAGAAACCAACGGUUCAAGGGGCCCAACGGGUCGGGCCCCCAACAACCGGACUUUUACUUUAUGCCGAGCCAACGAAAGUACAGCGGUGAAGUGGUACGCGUUUACGUUGACUAUGGUAAUCAGCCGAAGUAAGGUGGUAUCCAACCCUUUCUAAGGCCCAGUACUAAUGUAAUUUAUCAAUUUAAUGUUGUUUAAUGUGUAAUUUUAUAUCCGUUAUACCGCGGACGAGCUCGAUAACGAUUAUUUCGAACCGCUUGGACUUGCACGAAAUGAUUUGUUUUCAUUUCUGUUUUCUUCUUUUUCUUUUUUCAACCGUUUUCUCCGUGUGCUUACAGUGCAGUGUUGAAUAUUGCAAGAUUCUAAGGAGAAAGAGUCGUAUUAUUACAAUAUAUAUAUAUAUAUAUAUAUAUAUAUAUAUAUAUAUAUAUAUAUAUAUAUAUAUAUAUAUUAUAUAUAAUACGUGUAUUCACGGUCAUGCAUCAUUGUUUGUAAUUUAGUAAACUGCAUUUUACCGUAUAUAUAACCAACGAUCUGGGAAAAUCGGGAUGAGUUCGUAUUUCGACAAGUGGGAAAUAAUAUGCAAAGAUUCCGUCUGAUUGUAAUUACUUUGGGCGUAAGAAAAAAAAAAAAAAAAAACAUUUAUCGCGCAAUGUUCAAGACAUCUUCAAACUUGUUGGGUAAAUGUACAACUUAUUGAUCGUUAAAAAUCAACGACAAUUUCAUGGGACUUGAAUAAUUGGCUAGCAUCUCAAACUCUCUGAGUGAAAGAGCAUCGAUGAAAGUUUUUUAGUUUAUUUAUUUUUUUUUCUUUCUCUCUUUCUUUCCUUCUUUUUUUGCAACUCUAAAGAUCAACCGUCUUUGUCGAAAAAAUUUACAACACGAAAUUCUCUGCCGUUUAUUUGUAACGAAAGAUUAUUUCCCGAUCUUUGAUACCAAGUUAAAUUAGUUGAAAAUUAAAAUUAAUUCAGCCAAUUGAUUUUUUUUUUUGUUUGUUUUUGUUUUUCUCCAACUAAUUGCAAUCUAUUUAAAAUCCUGUCAAUUUGUCAUAUUUGUCGAUAAAAAUAAACUUACUUCGUGGAAAGACUGAACACAACUUCAUCCAUACGACUUGAUUAUCACCGACAGUCUCAGAUAUUGAAUUUUCCAACGAAUAAUUACAACCCGACUGAAUCCUCAUUCGGAUUCCCAUCAAUUGUCAAGAGUUAACUCCGUUACACCGUUUUCCGUUAAAAUAAUGUAAAUAGACCAAGCGCACUAAACUAACUCGUCGUUACUGUUGUCAGAGUUGAAUUCGAGGCGAGGAAAUUACGUAUUUAUACGUAUAUGCAUAGCGCCCGACGAGUGCCUUGUAAUUAAUUACAAAGCUAUUCCGCGGCUGUUUGUUCCUGUCGCCGACAAACGUCCGGUCAAAUUAUUCAUUUCUGCAAUUAUAUUCGGUCUCUGUCCGCGUCCUUAACUAUCCAUCAGUCGCUUUUGUAUUUUUUUUUCUUGUUUGUUUUUUUUUUUUUAUUUUUUCCUGAACCGCGUUUCUUUUUCGUCCCCUUUCUUCCGUCACUUUCAAACGAACAUUCAUUUUCACUUUUAACUCAUCGAUGCCUACAAAGAUUUACUUCGACAGAACAAACGGCGCGCAGCAUGUACAUUAGCUUAAUUAAAUAAUAACAAUAAAAAUAACCGUAAUAACGAUUGUUAAGUAUAUACAUGUAUAUGCAUACGUUAAUAUUUUUUAUAUAUUGCGCACACACGCACACACACAUGUAUAUUUUCAUAAGAAUACGUGCUAUUUAUACAUAAGUUACCUUAUAUCUUAGCUAUAUAUUAUAUAUAUUUGGAAUAUAUAUAUAUAUACAACUGUUGGCAUAUAGAUGUCAUACGUAAAUUAUAACAAUGUAAGGGCCUUUCCAACAAUUGUCAGUAUCCCUGUAUUCGAUUUGAACAAUAAUUUUUGCACGCAGAGCUUUUCUCAGCUCCGAAAAGCGUAAUUUCCAAUUUACCGCUCUAGUCAAAUGAAUUUUUUGGUCGAAUUGAUAAGCGGGAAACUUCGGAUUAUAAACUGGUGUUACAGUGUUCAAUAGAAAAUUUUAUUUGUAAAUCAUUCGGACGGUUUUCGCAAAUAAUU